CAUGGAAGAAUGCAACUCGUUAGACGAAAGCGUGGAGAACCUGGAUAGAAAUUCGUUGACAUCGUUCGGUUCAGGAAAUACAACGGAUUCUGACAAGGUAAGUGACACACAUCAAAAUUUCCCAGUUUAUCCGACGGCUUCGGCCGGAGUUGUGGAGAUGACGUGGGUGAUGAGCGACUACACGGCCGCGGGUCCGCAGGAAUUGAGCGUCAUGAAGGGACAGCAGGUGGAAGUAAUCGAGAUGUGCGCAUCCCGUCCCGAUUACUGUCUCGUAAGGAUGCCCACUAGAAGUGCCGAUCACGAAUGUUCCAACGUUCCUGAAGGACUGGUACCACUUUCGGUUCUCAAGCAACCACCGGCGCCGAAGAGUUCGCCGAAACGGCUACCUUUGGAUCACGAUGGCGAUGCAGCGGCCAGCGACAGUUCAGGAACAAUUAACACAUCCUCACCUGUUAAUAAGAGGCGAGGGUUCAGCGGCCGAAAAUGGUUACCGCCGCCAUUACGCAAACUAUCGCAAGGAAAAGUGGAAAAGAGUCAGUCACCUGCAGAUCGGCCACCCUUAAAGAAGACAGGAUCGGAUAAAAGAAUUAAGGUUCCGCCCGAUAUGGGUAACAAAACGUCGGUGUCGGAGGGUGAGGACGAAGAAGAGAGAACGGUCACGCUGAGGGGAAUUACGCCGAUCGCUCCGUCGGAAUUCACAAACGGCGGCGGCGAAGAAGCGGACGACGAAGUCGAACUGCCUCCGCCGAUGAAGCCGAUACAGGAAUCAAUUUUGGUGACGGCCGGACCUCCAGGUGCCGUACCAACGAUCGACGAGAAUUCCUGCAAGCGUGUGUCUAGUUUAACACUCAAGUCCCUGGAAGGUGCCACUUCUGCAGAUUUGGCAGAGAUUGAGCAAAUUGUUAAGGAAAGAAUGGAGCAACACACCGAAAAUUUGGAGCGGAAUUCCUUGCUGCGCGACACGAAAUCAUCGGAUGCAAUUGCCGAGUGCGGAAGUGGUGUCAAUUACCAUCGCGAUCUUUCAGCGCAAUCUUCGUCGAAUGAGGCUACCGCCUUAGCGUUUAGUGGUGACGAAAGUGAUAAACCGACAGAGGACGUUAUAGAUAGUGCGAAAAAUAUGGAAACUCAGAUACGUAAAAGACAGUUUGUGUUAAGAGAACUUGUUGAAACCGAAGACGCGUACGUGCGCGAUUUAGCUUUGAUUGUCGAUGGGUACAUUGCGACAAUGCGCGAUCCCGACUGCGAAAUUCCCAUGCCAGAAGAUCUAAGGGGUGGAAAGGAUAAGAUGGUGUUCGGCAAUAUAGAAGCCAUUUUCGAAUGGCAUCGAGAAUUCUUCCUUAAAGCUCUUAAAAGAUGCAUAGAGCACCCAACUGAAUUAGGUCCCUUAUUUAAACGUUACGAUAGAAAGCUUCAUAUGUACGUAGUCUAUUGUAAAAAUAAGCCAGUCUCCGAGUAUAUAGUAUCAGAAUAUCUAGAAACCUAUUUUGAAGAGUUGCGAAUUAAGUUAGGACAUAAGCUUCAACUGUGCGAUUUGCUCAUUAAACCUGUACAAAGAAUUAUGAAAUAUCAGCUACUGUUAAAAGAUAUCCUGAAACAUACGGAGAGGGCCGGAUUGCGUGCCGAAGCAGAAUCUUUGAAAAGUGCUUUAGAAGUUAUGAUAGUCGUUCCUAAGGCUGCUAAUGAUAUGAUGGACGUUGGGCGGCUUCAAGGAUUUGAUGUAAGUAGUACACUGUAA